GGGGGCACGUCACUUCCUGUUUCUUUAGGGGAACGUGGCUUUCCCCGCAGCGGCCGUCCCUCCGUCUGCGUACCUGCUGCAGCGGCCGGAGCUGGAGUGAGAGCCCGAGCGCAGCCUCGCCAUGGACUCGGCCCUCAGCGACCCGCACAACGGCAGCGCCGAGUCAGGCGGCCCGGCCAACGGCACGACGCGGCCGCCCUCCACGCCCGAGGGCAUCGCGCUGGCCUACGGCAGCCUCCUGCUCAUGGCGCUGCUGCCCAUCUUCUUUGGCGCCCUGCGCUCGGUGCGCUGUGCCCGCGGCAAGAAUGCCUCGGACAUGCCUGAAACCAUCACCAGCCGGGAUGCCGCCCGCUUCCCCAUCAUCGCCAGCUGCACACUCUUGGGGCUCUACCUCUUUUUCAAAAUAUUCUCCCAGGAGUACAUCAACCUCUUGCUGUCCAUGUAUUUCUUCGUGCUGGGAAUCCUGGCGUUGUCCCACACCAUCAGCCCCUUCAUGAAUAAGUUUUUUCCAGCCAGCUUCCCAAAUCGACAGUUUCAGCUGCUCUUCACACAGGGCUCUGGGGAAAACAAGGAAGAGAUCGUCAACUAUGAGUUUGACACUAAGGACCUGGUGUGCCUGGGCCUGAGCAGCAUCGUUGGCGUCUGGUACCUGCUGCGGAAGCACUGGAUUGCCAACAAUCUUUUUGGCCUGGCCUUCUCCCUUAAUGGGGUGGAACUUCUGCACCUGAACAACGUCAGCACCGGUUGCAUCCUGCUGGGUGGACUCUUCAUCUACGACGUCUUCUGGGUGUUCGGUACCAACGUUAUGGUGACUGUGGCCAAGUCAUUUGAGGCGCCAAUAAAAUUGGUGUUUCCCCAGGACCUGCUGGAGAAGGGCCUUGAAGCAGACAACUUUGCUAUGCUGGGACUCGGAGAUAUCGUCAUUCCAGGGAUCUUCAUCGCCUUGCUGCUGCGUUUUGACAUCAGCUUGAAGAAGAACACCCAUACCUACUUCUACACCAGCUUCGCAGCCUACAUCUUCGGCCUGGGCCUCACCAUCUUCAUCAUGCACAUCUUCAAGCACGCCCAGCCUGCUCUCCUGUACCUGGUACCUGCCUGCAUUGGCUUUCCCGUCCUGGUGGCGCUGGCCAAAGGAGAAGUGACAGAAAUGUUCAGCUACGAGUCCUCUGCGGAAAUCCUGCCUCAUACCCCGAGGCUCACCCACUUCCCCACGGUCUCGGGCUCCCCUGCCAGCCUGGCCGACUCCAUGCAGCAGAAGCUAGCUGGCUCUCGUCGCCGGCGCCCGCAGAAUCCCAGCGCCAUUUAUGAGGAGUCAAAUCCUAAGGAUCCAGCAGCAGUGACAGAAUCCAAAGAGGCCACAGAGGCAUCAGCAUCGAAGGGACUAGAGAAGAAGCAGAAAUGAUGCAACUGGUACCCGACCCUGUCAGGGCCAGACCAGCCAGGGAGAUGGGCUGACAGGCGUGCAUGGGAGAGGGUUCAGGACACUGCUCCAGGGACUGGGAUGGGGGCAGCAGGAUCCCUCCAGCUAGGUCUCUGUGGCCUCUGUUUCCCUCUCCCCCCUUCUCUGGCCCUCCUCUGCUCUCCUCAUCCCCUGCAGGCAAAGGAAACCAACCCCCAGCUUCCUCCCUCCCCCGGAACCAGGUGGGAAAACUGGGUGUGAUUUUUAGAUUUUUGUAUUGUGGACUGACUUUGCCUUACAUUAAAAACUCAUCCCAUGGCCA